AUGUGGCUAAUAAUUGCGUUGAUUCGGUCACAAUUCCUCCCCCGACCCCUCGGUUCUCACACCUCCCGAAACCCCUCGGUAUCUCACACCUCCCGACCCCUCGGUAUCUCACACCUCCCGAAACCCCUCGGUAUCUCACACCUCCCGAAACCCCUCGGUAUCUCACACCUCCCGAAACCCCUCGGUAUCUCACACCUCCCGAACCCCUCGGUAUCUCACACCUCCCGAAACCCCUCGGUAUCUCACACCUCCCGACCCCUCGGUAUCUCACACCUCCCGACCCCUCGGUAUCUCACACCUCCCGACCCCUCGGUAUCUCACACCUCCCGGACCCCUCGGUAUCUCACACCUCCCGGACCCUCGGUAUCUCACCCUCCCGACCCUCGGUAUCUCACACCUCCCGACCCCUCGGUAUCUCACACCUCCCGACCCCUCGGUAUCUCACACCUCCCGACCCCUCGGUAUCUCACACCUCCCGACCCCUCGGUAUCUCACACCUCCCGACCCCUCGGUAUCUCACACCUCCCGAACCCCUCGGUAUCUCACACCUCCCGACCCCUCGGUAUCUCACACCUCCCGACCCCUCGGUAUCUCACACCUCCCGACCCCUCGGUAUCUCACACCUCCCGACCCCUCGGUAUCUCACACCUCCCGACCCCUCGGUAUCUCACACCUCCCGAACCCCUCGGUAUCUCACACCUCCCGAACCCCUCGGUAUCUCACACCUCCCGACCCCUCGGUAUCUCACACCUCCCCGACCCCUCGGUAUCUCACACCUCCCCGACCCCUCGGUAUCUCACACCUCCCGACCCCUCGGUAUCUCACACCUCCCGACCCCUCGGUAUCUCACACCUCCCGACCCCUCGGUAUCUCACACCUCCCGACCCCUCGGUAUCUCACACCUCCCGACCCCUCGGUAUCUCACACCUCCCGACCCCUCGGUAUCUCACACCUCCCGACCCCUCGGUAUCUCACACCUCCCGACCCCUCGGUAUCUCACACCUCCCGACCCCUCGGUAUCUCACACCUCCCGACCCCUCGGUAUCUCACACCUCCCGACCCUCGGUAUCUCACACCUCCCGACCCCUCGGUAUCUCACCCUCCCGACCCUCGGUAUCUCACACCUCCCGACCCCUCGGUAUCUCACACCUCCCGACCCCUCGGUAUCUCACACCUCCCGACCCCUCGGAUGUCUCUUCCCUUUCCCCCAAAUCCCUCCAGCCAACCUAG